AAAGAGACGAGAGCAGGAGGGGGGCAGCGUUCUGAAAUGCCGACUUGCGGGCGUGUGUGACAUUUUGAUGUAGAGUGUCUUUGAUGAUUUUCGUCAUGUAUUGAUUUAAUACAUAGAUAUUUCCGAAAAAAGAAGAUGGAUGUCGCAGUGAUAGAAGUCCUUCAACAAGCGGGUAGUCAGGAUCCCACUAUUUUGAAACCAGCUGAACAAACUCUAAAACAAUGGGAAACUGAAAGGGGAUUCUACACUGCGUUAUAUAAUGUGUUUUCUAAUCAUUCCUUGAGUAUCAAUAUUAGAUGGAUGGCUAUUUUAUGUUUUAAAAAUGGUGUUGAUAAAUAUUGGAGAAAGAAUGCUCCAAAUGGAAUUGCAGAUGACGAAAAGGAAUUUCUUAGACAACGUUUAAUAGUAAACUUUGAAGAACCUGUAAAUCAGUUAGCUAUCCAAUUGGCAGCUCUCAUUGCUAAAAUUGCAAGAUAUGAUUGGCCUAGAGAAUGGCGCUCAUUAAUUCCAACCUUAUUGGAUGUUAUAAGAGGACAAAAUCCUUUGGCCCAGCAUCGGGCACUGUUAAUAUUACAUCAUGUUGUUAAGUGUUUAGCCUCUAAACGUUUAGUUCCUGACAGACGACUCUUCCAAGAAUUAACCAGUAGUGUGUUCAGUUUUAUUCUGAAUGUGUGGAAUACUUAUACAGAAUCUUCUCUUAUAAUGGCAUCAAAUGGAGCAGACACAAAUCAGAUACAGGAAGCUUUGGAAAAAGCGUUACUUCUAUUGAGAAUUCUUAGAACACUUAUUGUAAAUGGGUUUAAUAAGCCUUCAGAAUCCCAUGAUGCUAUGUCAUUCUUAGAAAUUGUUUUUGAACGUGCAAGAACUUGUCUUGAAUGUCGAAAAACAUUAAUUUCAAGAGGUAUACAGAUGGAAGUAUGCGAUAAAUUUAUAAUUCAUUUAACUAAAGUAUUAAUAGGAGUAUUAGAAAUGCAUCCAUUUUGUUAUGUAGAACUAAUACCAACAUCAUUAGAAUUUUCUGUUUUUUAUUGUUUCACUGAAGCUGGUCAAGCUCUAGCUUUUGAAAGAUUUGUUAUACAAUGUUUAAAUUUAAUGAAAGGCAUUUUAUUAUCUACAUACUAUAAACCAGCUAAAGUUCUCAAAGAUACGAAAAAUCCGUUAACGUUGAGAGCAAAUCAAUUGAGACAAGAAUUUUUUACACCUGAAACAUUAGCAGAAAUUUGUUCAAGGCUCGUAACACAUUAUUUUCUUUUAACACCUGCUGAAUUGGAAUUAUGGGAUACAGAUCCAGAAAGUUUUGUUGUCGAUGAUGGCGGUGAAUCAUGGAAAUAUAGUUUAAGGCCUUGUACGGAGUGUCUGUUUGUAGUAAUUUUCCAUCAUUUUGGAGAAGUUCUUGUACCAGUUUUAGUUGAACUAAUGCAAAGACAUCAUCAACCAGUUGAUCCGAAUAAUUUGCAUGCUAUUCUAGUAAAAGAUGCAGUAUAUAAUGCAGUUGGUUUGGCUGCAUUUGAUUUAUAUGAUGAGGUAAAUUUUGAUCAAUGGUUUUCAACUACCUUAAAAGAAGAGUUGAAAAUUCGAAGUAACAAUUAUAGAAUUAUUAGAAGACGAGUAUGUUGGCUUAUUGGGCGCUGGACAACUGUUAAGUUAAGUACAGAGUUAAGACCAGAAUUAUACAAACUUAUGGUUGAAGUUUUGAGUCCUGAAGAAGAUCUGGGUGUUCGUUUAGCAGCAAGCGAUGCUUUAAAGCUUGCGAUAGAUGAUUUUCAAUUUAAUCCGGAAGAAUUCUCGCCAUAUUUAGAACCAGCAUUCUCUUUGUUAUUUUCGCUCCUAAAAGAAGUAAAAGAAUGUGAUACCAAGAUGUAUGUGUUAUACGUAUUAUCAUUUAUGAUUGAACGUGCUGGUAGUGAAAUAAACCCACUUGUUGGAGCCCUCAGUUCAUAUUUGCCAGCACUUUGGCAAGAAUGUGAAGAACAUAAUAUGCUAAGAUGUGCUAUAAUUUCAACACUUGUACAUCUAGAAAAGGCUUUAGGUUCUGAAAGCGUCCUUAUAGAACCACUAGUAGUAGGUGUUAUUGCAUUAAGUUGUGACGUCAAUCAAAAUUGUCACGUAUAUUUGUUAGAAGAUGGCUUGCGAUUAUGGUUAGCUUUACUGCAAAAUGCAGCUGCGCCAACAUUGGCUAUAAUGGAACUGGCUAAAAAUUUGCCUGCUGUAUUAGAAAAAUCAUUUGAACAUUUAAAAUUAUGUUUGUAUAUAGUUCAAGCAUAUGUAAUAUUAAGUCCCCAAGAAUUUUUAAGUCAAAGAGGAGCGAUUAUAAUCGAAACACUUAGGUCACUUUUAGGAGAUUUGAACUCAGAAGGAGUUGUAAUGAUAAUGACAGUGUUUGAACUAUGUUUAUGUGCUUCACCUCGGCAAGGUGCAGAACUUAUUAAACCUGUUUUAAUAACUAUAUUUGAAAAUAUGUAUAAGGAAGAAGAAGUUACGAUGACGAUGACUAUGUAUUUAUCUAUCGUGGCAAGAGUUUUAUGGUUUUACAAAGAUAUUUUUAUACAGGUAAUAAGCGAAUUAACCAGAAAAAUGGGUGGAAACGAAGUUAGAGAAGAAGUUGUAUUGGGAGAAAUUAUACGUAUAUGGGUUAAUCGAAUGCCAUAUAUUCCUCUACUAGAAAGACGUAAAUUAUUAGCUCUUGCACUUUGUUCACUUCUUGGACCUGAUAGUCCUCCUUGCGUUCUUCAUUAUUUUCCACUGAUAAUAUCUAAUAUCGUCGGAACUCUCAAUGACAUCACCAAACUUGACGACAUAAGAUGCGAAAAUAUUGGAUAUGCCAUUGAAUCUUUGUCAAUUAGUGGGCAGUCUAGUCCAUCUCAGCAUGACGAUGAAGAAUAUGGAAAUAAACACGAACAGCGAAAAAGAAGACUUGAUUUUAGUGAUCCUUUGCCUAGUAUAUCUUUGAAAGAUACAUUACAAAAUCAGUUACUUACUUUACGUAGAUUAAUUGGAGAUAACCAGUUCAAUCAAUUGAUGUUAACCCUUCAUCCAGAAAUUGAUAAAGAACUUAAACUUUACGUAUCUUUAUGAAAAAGGAGAAAGUCUAAUUGAAAGAGAAGGAAAACAAAAUAUUAUGUUAAACGCCACACUACGUGUAAAAAAAAAGCUUUACGGCGCUCUAUUAUAAAACGGCACUAUUUUAUUGUAUUAUAUUAGCUGUUUCACUGUACUAAUAAUGUUGAUAAUAAAAGACUUGACAUUUCAAAA